AUGGAAAUAAUUGUGCUCUCUUAUGACAUGUGGGUUGCAAGUGUUGUUCAAGAAAAUGCUCCUUUAAAUGCCACAUAUACAUCGCCUGAUAUUCAAAAGGAGAUUCUUUAUAUAUUUUCCAACAAGGUCAAGAAAGAGAUCCGUCAAGAAAUUGGAGAUUCAAAAUUUUGCAUCAUAGUAGAUGAAGCACGUGAUGUGUCCAAAAGAGAGAAAAUGGCUCUUGUUUUGAGAUUUGUAGAUAAAGAAGGGUUCGUUCGUGAAUUAUUUUUUGGUGUUAUCCAUCGUAAUGAUGAAUUAAAGGAGGGUCAAUCUGUUGAACUUGCUACUAAGAUUGCAAAUGAUGAAAUUGAAUCAGGGACGGGGCUAAAUCAAAUUGGUACCUUAAAGCAAGCUGGAGAUACUCGUUGGGGUUCUCAUUUGAAUUCUAUUUCUAGCUUGCUCAAAAUGUUUAAUGCAACUUGUGUGGUUUGGAGUAAAAUUGCAAAAGAAAAAGUUUCAUAUUCUCAAUGUGGAGAUGCAGAUUUUGUUAGGGGGUGGAAUAUCUCGAAAUCAAAGAUUAGUGUUAUGCAUUAUUAUCGUGUUGAUAUCUUUAUUACUACACUUGACUAUCAAUUGCAAGAAUUAAACUCUAGAUUCAAUGAACAUUCAGUAGAGUUGCUUGUUCUUAGCACUGCUUUUGAUCCUAGAGAUGGAUUUAAAUUGUUCAAGAUUGAUGAUAUUUGCAAACUUGCAGAGAAGUUCUAUCCUCAUGAUUUCUCAGAGCAAGAAGUAGUACAUUUAAGAAUUGAACUUCAACAUUUUUUGCUUGAAAUUCCAAAUCAUCUUGAAUUACAUAAUUUAUCUAGUAUUCAAGAAUUGUGUCAAGGCUUGGUGAAAACAAGGAAAGUAAUUAUGUAUCCUCUUAUUGAAAAAUUACUUAGGCUUGUUCUUACUCUUCCUGUAUCAACAACAACUACAAUUAGAGCAUUUUCUAUCAUGAAAAUUAUCAAGACAAAGCUCCGAACCAAGAUUGAAGAUAGUUUUUUGAAUGAUUGCUUGAUUGUUUGUAUUGAGAAAGAAAUUGCUACAAAAUUUAGUACUGAAUCCAUUAUAGAUGAGUUUGCAUGUAUAAAGAAUCUUCGAGCACAACUUAAAAUUGAUCUUUUGAAUUAUUAUUGUCCCUCUUUCUAUUGA